UGUGAGAUCAUUUCCUUCCAGGGGGAGGGUCAGUGACAGCUCUUUAAAGCCCUUCCCAUUCUUUCUCAGGCCCCAGCAUUGCACGCCUUGUAUCAUCCUCAGCCAUGGACACCUACCAACAGCCAGAAGACAAAGACCUACAGGCCCUGAGGGACCUGGCCAACCGCCUGAGGAUCCACUCUAUAAGGGCUACAUGUGCCUCCAAUUCAGGGUGAGUGGUGGAGGGGUUCAGGGGCCCUGGGGCAUGCCCCCCACGUGGUAUUCUGCACCCCGGAUUCACUAUCCGCUCCCCAGGUUUCCUGUCUGAUCUGUACCCCUGUAUUUAAUCACUCAGAUAUUGAUUUCUGUAGUUCUUAUCCUUUUUGCCCGUUCUGUAACGUUGGUAUCUGCCCCCCACGUGGUGCUCUGCAGCUCACUGCUUUCACCUGCCCCACGUGUUUAUUAAAGUCCUCUCCUGGCAGUACAGAGUGUGACUGUCACUUUAAAUAGGAACUCAGAGGGUUAAACGACUGCAAAUCUUCAGUACUUCAUUUUACUCUUACUUAAUGUUCUGUUGCCAAGAACUAGACUCGUCUUCUGGCUUUUAGCAGGUGUAACAAAUAAUCAAGUGUUUGUUUCUGAACUACAAUUCCUAUAAUGCUCAGCCAGCCUUCCUUCUCUCAUAGAGUCUUCUUUUCAUUAAGCCUGACUCUUCUAGUGUCUGUCUCGUGAUUUUUAUCUAUUCCACUGACCAAAAAAAACUGUUUUGGGUUUUAUUUCUAUUUCUCCACCUGGACAUAUUCCUCACUUUAUCUUUAAUUUUUGGAAAGUAAUGAAUGGUAAUGUUAUCAGGGAUAAAAUGUGGUUUAAAUUAUGGAUUGUUUUGGAGCGUUUCAGAAAAGAUGUGAACAAUGGCACUUGUGAAUAAGACCACUCUUUUAUACACUGCCCUGAUUGCAGUGCAGAAAGGGUUAUAAAAAAAUCAAUCAUUCACUUGCCAGAAUCCAGCACCGAUGGCCCUCAGUGCUGUCCAACUCCUCCCUGACGUUGGACCUAAUGCGCAUGCACAGUGAGCGUCCUGAUUGCGUUUGGACAAAACAGGCAAGCACUGAAUCAGUACUUUCCUAUGGGAUUUCAGCUGAUGCUUGGAGCCCUCAUGCAGAGCGUGAGAAUGUCCAACAUCAGGUAGGCAACUAAGCCUCCUAGCAAGCCGGACGUAGCUCUAGUGCCUAUCUAAAUGCAGUCUUAUCCGUGCAACGUAAUUAUUGCAGUUUAUCAAACUGCUAUAAUUAACAUGACCGGGACACUGCACCCAAACCACUUCAAUGAGCUGAAGUGGUAUGGGUUACUAUAGUGAGCCAGUUUUACCAUACACAUUUAGUUUCUUCCUUAUUUUUGCAGUGCAUACAAGGGUAACAUACAGGCAUGUGGUACCCCAAAGGCAGUCCCCAUGCAUAAUUUUGCACAAUUGUAACGGAACAAUAAGAACAGUGGGGGAUGUUAUAACAGUGCAUUCAUUUUGAUUAAAGUAAUAAGCAGUGCAGGUUCUCUCAGCCAAAUAUAUCACAUAGCCAGAAGAAACAUCGCUAGAAUAACUCAGCUUAAGAAAAGUAUGCUGUACAAGGGUUAACUGUGUGUAGUAAACCACUGGGGUCUAGUUUAGGACAAGAGCUGCUUUGCGUGAGGUUGCUGUUGGUGGCAGGGGAGCCCUAGCAUCAUGUGGCGUGCAACAGGUAUUAACCUUGUGGUAUUUUACUGUCAUGAUGGCCGGGGGUGUUCCAUGCUAUGUGACCUAGAGAUAAGAGUCCGCUUUAACCCCUUCCAUCCCAUAUAAACGUGGCAGUGGUAUGGCUGUACAUAACUUGUAUUUUUAUAAGGCAAUACAGAGUCAUGAAAGCAUAUAGUACAUCACCCAGCAAUCUGUAGCAUAGCUCUCGUGGGGUUGUACUGUGGGUGCUUCAGCCUAUGCCCAGUAUUGGAAAGGCCUGGAUGUUGCCGCUGGGAGGUAACAGUUCCUGCUCUAUCCAGAGGCCUUGGAGGUGUGACUUAAAGCUACGAUUUUGAGCCUAAUUAUUUAAAUGAAUGAUGACCACUAACUCGGUCACCUCCCCCUGCGUCACCAUGCUGAUGUUGGAUUGCUUGAGCAGUUUCCCCAAAGGAAAGCAUACAAUCAAAUUUGUAGAUGUUUUGAUGUCCCCAUGCAGGGUUAAAGGGACACUCUACGGUCACCAGAACUACAGCUUAAUGUAGUUAUGGUAGCGAUAGUAUGUUCCUGCAGGCAUUUUCAGAUAACAGGCAGUGUUUACACUACUGCAUAGGAACCCCUCUAGUAGCAGGUGACACUGAACGUUUCCCGUAGAGAUUAACUGAUUAUCUGAGGAGAUGCUGAUUGGUGCAGCGUGGCAUUUUGCUGCACAUGCACAAUAGCCUCCCAAUGUUUUCAUAUGGGAAGGCAUUGGAUUGGUUGUCAAUUCUGGUGAUCUCCACCAAGGAGGUGGAGUGGGAGCAGAGCCGUCACCACGAGACCCGCACAACACUGGUAUAAAGGUAGAAAAAAAAAAAAUAAGUGUAUUUUAUGGGUUGCUGGCAACAUAAACCAUGUUCCUGACACUAUAUAGUCGUCCUUUAAGGGGACAGGGGCACUGGAUUCACACAACUUGAUUGAGAUGAAGUGGUCUUGGUACCUAGUGUCCUUUUGAUCUUUAUAUUCAAUUAGCUGAGGGUUUCCAACUUGCCUUCUUGUCACCCAUAUAAUUCUCAUUCCAUGCUUAUUUGCUGCAUUUCUAUAGUCUUAUAUAUUUUCUGGACCAGAGCUAUAACUCUUUCAGAAGCCAUGUGUCAUUCUCUGUGGCACUUUCCCAUGCUUUCAGAUUAAUGAAUUGUUCAAGGCUACAGACACUCGCAGCUCUGCCCUUCAUCCUCCCCUGUGUAUGUCCAACAUAAUAGGCUGUAAGAAGAUGAUCCCAUUGUGGGUGGGAGGUGUUAAAGCCUGCGUGUCUGCUAGCAAGGCCUCUGCAGACAUCUAAUGGCUACAAAGGUUGUUUGACCUGUUUAAAGCCAUUAAUAUCUCUCAAAUAUAACAACGAACCCUCGCUGCUGGUCACUGAACUUGUAUGAGUUCUAGUCUAACAUUUCUUGUUCUAGUUAACACGAAGUUGUCCAAUAGAGCUACACAUGCUGGUGACCACUUGAGUUUAAGAUGUGCAGAAAUUAACUGUACUGUGUAUGCAUUAAAAUGUUUAAUUUGUCAUGUAUCUGGUGACUCUCUGCAGACAUCCCACUUCCUGCUGCAGUGCUGCCGAAGUCCUGUCUGUUCUUUUCUUCAACACCAUGAAAUAUGAAGCGGCUGACCCUGGCAACAUUAACAAUGACCGCUUUGUCCUGUCUAAGGUGAGGAGCGUGCAGGAACAUGUGAAAGUAGCAUGUUUAAAACUAAGCCAUUUUAAAAUGCACAUCAUGCAAAAAAUAACAUGGCGGCAUUGGAGAGAGCAUAGACCUUCCUAGUGAUGGCACAAUCUGACACUGCACAGUGACUUGAAACACCAUCAGAAUCCAAAUGAUGUCUAAUGGAACACUUUAAAAGCUUUUAUAUUGUAGUGGUUAUGGUACAAAGCGUUUUUGAUUGAAGGUACCUCAACCUAUUACACGCAAUCUUUAACAAAAUUCGGUGCCUCUUGGCAGUGAGUCUGUUAAUGCAGAGAGCUGCUCAGACUGUACUGGAAUUUCACAGACAUGCCAUGAGCGAAAGAUGGUGACACGUACAGGGAUAAAUAUACCUCGCCUCUGCUGCACCCCAAGUUGCAAAAUAUACGUGUGUGUAUAUUUAUAUAUUAACCUGUAAGGUAACAGAACUGCUUUUAACUGUUAGGUCUAUCAUACCUGUGCUUGUUAGGGUAACGUAGACACUAUAGGCACCCAGACCAACUUCAUCUCAUUGAAUUGGUCUGGGUGCAGUGUCCCAGUCCCCCUUAGUCCUGCAAUAAUUACAGUGCAGGGCUAAGACUGCCUGUAGUGGCUAGGCAACUGUUGGUUGCCUAACUGAUGGUCGUACUUGCGCUCUGCAUGAGUAAAUCCAGCGUUAGUAAAAUUUCCCUAGGAAAGCAAUGCUUGCCGCACAUUUGCAUUGGCUCCCUUCCCCAAAUCAGGUGAUGUCAGAGGAGGCGGAGUGCCAAGAGAGAUCAGCACUGAAAUGGGGUAAGUGGUUUUGUUUAACACUUUCAAUGCUGUGUGGGGGCCAGAGGGAGCUAUAGUGUAAGGAACAAACUUUGUAUCCCUUUAAUUUGCCAUAUCAAAAAAUCACACUUGGGACUGUCAAUGCAGAGUACAAUGCAGCUGAUUUCACCCAUAGGUAAUCUGUAACUGUGAUUUGCAGAAAAUACAGGAACUAUAAGCCCAUACUCAGACAGUAGAAGGGGUGUUCCUUUUUCCACAGUAUUUUAAUAUUAAUGGAUGCUAGUCUAUCAUUAAACAUUUGGCAGAUGUUAAGCAGUUUAUCCCUCAGGAGCCAUCAAACUCAAUCACUGGGCUGUGGACAAAGGGAUGGGUGUGUUUGGUCAUGUUUCAUAUGGUGUGCAAGCUCUGCAUCCAAUCUGACAAAACUGAUCUAGGCAGCAUUCUUAGAGGUUCCUUCUGACCGCUAGCCUAGAUCUGUAGUUUUUGUAUGUAUUUUGCUGCAAUUCUAAGCUGAAAGCAGGCUGUGUGCUUGCUGCACCAUCUUUGAAAUCAUGCAAGGCUGUUAUGGUGCUAGAUUGCCUCCCCAUCAGAUAUCACUGCAAUGGUCAAUGUGGAAACUUGCAAUGUCAAGGCAGGUGUCGGAGUACAAUCCAUUCACCUUGGUGCUUUUGGCUAAAAGGCAAUAUAUCUCUGAUGGAAAUCUGUAGCUUAAAGGGAGGCAGUAGGUGCCCAGACCACUUCAGCUCAUUGAAUUGAUCUGGGUGCACUGUGCCAGUCCCCGUAACCCUACAACUGUAAUUAUGGCAGUUGUGAAAAUGCCAUAACUACCUUGCAGGGCUAACGCCACUUAAGGCCCUCCUGGGUGGUUAGGUGACGUCUGGUCGCCUAACUGACGCUGGACAUCGUCACACUCUACAAGAUGACAUCAAAUGUCCUCUAAAAAAUCCCUUGGAGAAAGCAAACUGCAUUCAGCCCUGUGCUCAAACUUGCGCUAUGCUUGAGCAUCAGCAGUGGCUGUAGUAUUAAUCCCAAAUAUAUGGCGCAAAACCAGUUAUCUGCACUCUAUCAGAAAUCCCUAUACCCAUUUAAACAGAACACUUGCAGUUUGCUAAUGGAUGACUGACCCAGCAGAACUGCAGUAUCUGGAAACGGUCAGGAAUUGUUGGGACUCUACACUAACCCAUGCAGUAAUAAGCUGGCAAAGUUAUGCUUGAGCUGGUGUCUCAAUAUAAAUGUAGAAUUGACCAAAUUUUGGACAGAGCCUUUUUCUAUAUUCUGUCCCUCUGUCCCACCUUUAAAACCAUUUCUUUGUUCCCAGGGACAUGCUGCACCUAUUCUCUAUGCUGCUUGGGCGGAGGCAGGCUUUUUGAAAGAAUCCGACCUCCUGAACUUGAGGAAAAUAGACUGUGACCUGGAAGGACACCCAACACCUGUGAGUGUAUACAGAGAGAAUUUCAUCCAGAUAAUGGUGAGAGCUGGAACCUGAUUGCCCUAAAUCCCUUCUUUCUCUGCAGAAACUCCCAUUUGUUGAUGUAGCAACUGGCUCACUGGGACAAGGAUUGGGUGCUUCCUGUGGCAUGGCCUAUACUGGCAAAUACUUUGACAAGGCCAGGUAAACCACCUUUGUUUUAUAGAACCAUUUUUGCAAUAUUAAAGAAACCCUUUAAGUCAUAGUGCCAAGAGAUCCCUGGAGCCGGCUUACUUUUUGGAGUCAAAAUGUUAAUGCUUCUGAGACGGUUGAAAGAGGAAACCCCUGAGUGGGACUUCUCUGAGUGUCUGGGAAGCAUGGCUAACUGACACUGAACUUGAGACUUUGGAUUAAACUGGUCAUACAUGACUUGUCAGCAAUGGGGACCUCCUGGCACCAGAACCACUCCAUACCAAUGAAGUCAAGAUUGUGCCCACAAUGUUGCUUUAUACUGUCUCUUUUAAACUACUUAGGCAUCUGCAAACUUGAUGCUUGUGAGUCAAAGUACUGUCACUUUGAGAAUUAAAAAAAAAAGUUUUGCAUUGAUACUAUAGUUACCAGAACUACAGCUUAAUGUAGUUCUGCUGAGUAUAAUCAUUUUCAUGCAAACACUGCCUUUUCAGAGAAAAAACUGUGUGUGUUUACAUUCCUUCUCCCCCCCCGGGAUGCCUCCAGUCAGAUGGAGAUGCUGAACUUUCCUCAUAAAUGCAUUGAUUCAAUGCAUCUCUGAGGAGGUGCUCCUGUCCUGCAUUCACACCCAUUUCAUACAGUCCAAUGCUUUCCCUAUGGGAAACUACUGGAUUGGCUGAACACAUAAAUUCUGUCAGCAAGGAGGCAGAGCUGUCCAAUGCUUGAAGGAAGGUGUGUGGAUUUUUAUCUUUUUAUUUUGGGGCAUGCAAACCUAAAUGGAUAACACUAUAGGGUCAGGGAUAAAUGUUUGGUGUUCCUUUUGAGCUAGAAUGUAUGAGAACUGAUUCUAAAUCUUGACCUGUCUCAAUUUAUCCUAGUUACCGAGUCUACUGCCUGAUGGGUGAUGGUGAAUCCUCUGAAGGUGCUGUCUGGGAAGCGAUGGCAUUUGCAUCCCAUUACAAGUUGGACAACUUAGUGGCAAUCUUCGAUGUAAACCGACUGGGUCAAAGUGAGGCAGCUCCUCUUCAACACAAGACUGAGAUAUACCAAAAGAGAUGUGAAGCUUUUGGGUAAAAAGAGAAAAUCCAUCCCUCCUUCCUUAAAGUGUGUGUGUGUGUGUGUGUGUGUUGCUUUUGACUUAAUUAUUUUAAUAGCAGUCAACCUGCAGAUUGUGACAUGUUAAAACCUUGACUGCAAUAUUGAUGAAACAAAGCCACAUGUAUAAAGUUCUUCAGCUGUCAUGACAUCACUGCUGUAUGUGCUAACUACAUGUGUACUUCUGUUCAGGUGGAACACAUGUGUUGUAGAUGGACACGAUGUGGCUGAGCUUUGCUAUGCACUAUGGCAAGCAGCCCAAGUAAAGGAUAAACCCACAGCCAUCAUUGCAAAAACUUACAAAGGGAAGGGCAUUACAGGUAAAAUGGACUUCUCUAUUUACUGAAAAACAUUAAUCUGAUAACAUGGUGGACCUCCUAGGAUGGUCACUUAUUUUAACCAUAUCCUGUCUUUCCAGGAGUUGAAAAUGAAGACAACUGGCAUGGAAAGCCGAUGCCUAAAGACAAGGUUGAGUCAGUAAUUAAUGAGAUCCAAAAUAAAAUCCAGACCAACAAAAAACUGAGUCCUUCUGCUCCAACUAUGGAUGCUCCAGCUGUGGACAUUUCUGGCAUUAAGAUGCCUUCUCCUCCAAGCUACAAACUUGGUGAUAAGGUGACAAGCAGUAAAAACUGACUGGCAUGUCUAAUAUUUCUGCUGCCACACAAUUUAUCUUGCAUUUUUACAUACUUUGUUCUAGAUCGCAACUCGUAAGGCAUAUGGAAUGGCCCUUGCUAAACUAGGACAUGCCAACAAUCGUGUCAUUGCCCUUGAUGGUGAUACCAAAAACUCCACCUUCUCUGAGAUCUUCAAGCAAGCUCACCCAGACCGCUACAUUGAGUGUUUUAUUGCUGAGCAGAACAUGGUGAGUAAUACUGACUUGCAGUAUCUCCAACAAGCAUUAUGGGUUUAUUCAAUAAAUUAAGAGCUGGCAGGAAUGCAAAGUAAAUUUCCUGAUUUAGGCCAAACUACAAAUUCUCCAAGAAGUUUCUUCAGUUUGGCAUUUGAGUUUAAAAUGCUUAUUGAAUCAACUUUAAAUUGCAUGGACUUGUCACUCAUAUUCUAUUUAGUAUGACUUCCUGCUUGUUAAAUACUGGAGUUGCAUCCUUGAUCCUACUUGUCACCACUCCCCACAACCUAAAUGUUUUUUUAUUUUUUUUAUUUAUAUAUAUAUUUUUUAUUUAUUUUUUUUUAUUCCCCCUCCUCUGAGCCUUUGCUAUGACUUCAUGAAACACAUGGUGCAGUAUUCUGUUACUGGCUAGCACAGGUGCCUUAUAAAAGUGCUGAAUCUCCUACAGAUCUUAGGCUCUUAUUCUUGUCUCCUCUGGCCAGUUCUGCCACUUCCUGGUCUGAUAACUCUUUGCCAAUUUUCCCAUUUGAUGUUCCUGCCCAUUAUCGUGGCUCAAGGAGCUAGCUCUGCACUCCAACUCUGAAGACUGUCUGUUUGUUAGUAAUGGCUGAAACUCAUUGAUUCUCUUCUAUGCCUGUCCCAAGAUUUGAUACAUGGCUUAAUCUAUGAAACCUGAAUUGUACUAAACCUCUUCUUUCUCUAAAGGUCAGUGUUGCAAUGGGCUGUGCCACCAGGAAUCGCACUGUUGCUUUUGCAAGCACAUUCGCUGCCUUCCUCAGUAGGGCCUAUGAUCACAUUCGUAUGGGAGCCAUUUCUCAAUCAAAUGUCAAUCUCUGUGGUUCUCACUGCGGUGUAUCUAUUGGUGAGUAGUUUUACUCCACACAAAUCUACAGUGAACAGACGCUGCAGCAAGACCUGGCUCUGACAACUGACACAGUGACUCUAUGUAACCACUUCAAAUACUGCCAAAAAAAAAACCAAUCUCUAUUCGAUACAGAUAAGAGUUGGUCAGAUCUAGGUUAUUUAUCCAUGCUAGAAUUAUCUGGAGGCUGUGUCCAGCCUUUAUCAAAUACUAGAUUGGCUUUCCACAAGAUCUUUAAACCAGCUGUAAAUCAUACAGCUAAGAUCUAAACAAUGAUAAAUUGUCUAAAAAACCACAAACGCCUCUGGAGUAAGGAAAAAGUGACUUGUUUUUAUGCCUGUCUUUAGGUGAGGAUGGUCCUUCUCAGAUGGCUUUAGAAGACAUUGCAAUGUUCCGUGCUAUUCCAACAUGCACAGUCUUCUAUCCCAGUGAUGGCGUCUCCACUGAACAUGCAGUGUUUCUUGCUGCAAAUACUCAAGUAAGAUAUACACCUUGGAUAUGACUAUGUGUAAUGAACCGAUGCUGAAUUUCAGUUGUAAUCUGUAACCUUGUUGUUCACUUAGGGAAUCUGUUUCAUCCGGACCAGUCGGCCUGACACAGCUGUCAUUUAUUCUCCUGAAGAGAAAUUUGAGAUUGGGCAAGCAAAGGUAAAACACACAAAUUUAAGAACUUGUGCUAGUCAGAUGCAUUCUGGCUGGAAGAUUCCUUUUUUCUGUAAAGGAAACAUAGAAUGUGUCGGCAGAUGAAAACCAUUCGGCCUAUCUAGUCUCCCAAAGGAACACACCAUAACAGUAUUAUUGCCAUUUAUAUAGCACCAACAGAUUCCGUAGAACUUUACAAUAGUAUGAGAGGGAAUUUAACUAUAAAUAGGAACUAUAUUACAGGAACAAUGGGUUGAGGACCCUGCUCAAAAUAGCUUAGUCUGUAGGCGGUGGGGUAUAAAGCACAUUUAGGACAGGAAAUGGCAAUCAAGGUGGGAGAGAAGCAGAGCUAGGUAGAGCUUACUCUGGGAGGCCAUAAGCUUUCCUAAAGAGAUGGAUUUUUAAGGCACUUCUUAAAGGAUUGAAGACUAGGGGAGAGUCUGAUGGUGGUAGGCAGGCUAUUCCAUAGGAAGGGAGCCGCCCACCAGAAGUCCUGCAAGCGCAGGUUGGCAGUAUGGGUGCGGACAGGAGAAGGUCACUGGAGCAGAGAGACCGAGAAGGGGCAUUACUAUAACUUGUGAGGAGAUAUAAGAGGGCCUAGAAUUGUUCAGUGCUUUAUAUGUAUGGGGUAGCACUUUGAAUUACUCAUACAGGAAGCCAAUGUAAGGCCUGGCAGAGGGGUGAGGUCUGGCGGGAUCAUUCAUCAGACUGUAGCUGGGCAAUACGGCUUUUGGGAAGACCAAUUAGGAGAGGGUUACAAUCAAUGAGGGAAAUUAUUACAGCAUGGACUAGCUCCUUGGUAGCAUCUUGCAUACGCAAGGGGCAGAUGCGGGCUAUGUUUUUAACAUGGAAUCUACAGGAAUUGGUAACCUGCUGGAAGUGAGGCUAGCAUCAAAUAUGACCCCAAGAUUGCAUGCCCAGUACAGCCCCUUAUGUAGUUAUGGUGCCCAGCAUGUCUUGGUAUGGCCUGACCACUUAUCUGGGUCUGCAGGUUUUGCUAUCUGGGAGCUGCUCCCUGGCUUCACUACUUCAGUCAGAUAUUGAAGCUGUCUGAGCAAAGCCAGCCUAUUGGGCUAUCCCUGCAUUCUCUGUAGUGGUGAACAGUUGACCCUAUUUUUAAAGUCAAAUAUUCUAAAAUGGUGUACAAAAAAGAGGGGGAGUGGUACAGCGGUAACUCUAAAGGUACAAGUCUGUAGCAUUGAUACCCUAACAAUCCAAAAUGAAAAGGCAACAGGCUGUGCAAAAUAUUAAUGUUGACUAAACAAGUCAGUUUCAAUUUCAAAUGGUAUAACUUUAAGAAAACAACUUUGCUCUACUAAGACUUGAUGAUUUACUCCGCAAGGAAAACAAAUUGACCUCCAAGAAAACCAUUUUCAGCAGGUUUAUAUUGGUACAGUAGGGACUCUUGUACCAUAUUCUUAAGCUAUUUAACAUUGAUCUAGUGUGUUAAUACACUUUGACAACAUUCUUUUAUUUUUUUUUUUUUUUUGUUUGUUUGUUUAACUUUCCCAAGAAGUGACAAUUUGCCUUUAAACAAGUGUUCCUUAUCUACCAGGUGGUGCGUCAAAGCGAUUCUGACCGGGUAACUGUAAUUGGCGCAGGAGUUACUCUACAUGAAGCUCUGGCGGCUGCUGAUGAACUUUCCAAACAAGGUAACUGUCUUCUAUGACUUCUCACAUAUUUUAAAGUGCACUUUGCGGUGUUUGACCUCGACACAACCUAUCAACGGCUGUAUGCAGAAUAACGGACUAACUUGCUGUUUAACCCCCUCCACAGGCAUAAAUAUCCGUGUGAUCGACCCUUUCACAAUCAAGCCAUUGGAUGCGGCAACGAUUAUAUCAAGUGGAAGAGCUACAGGCGGCCAUAUAAUUACUGUUGAGGAUCAUUACAGAGAAGGUAAUUGGUAGCAAACACUGUCUUGACCCAGAUAGAAGUAGCUCAGUGGCAAGAGAAAGGAACACUUGUCUGCAAUUUAGACUGCAGUCACAUUUGGGUUUUUCAAAAACCUGAACUGAGAUACUUUUAGAAUGGUCACUUGUCCACACGUUCAACCAGGAGUCUCUUUGUACUUUGUUUCAAAGGACUUUGAUAAGCUUUGAAAGGCUCAAUAUAAUUUUGUGUGCUGUAGUUAUGGUGCUAACCUAGUUUGACCUUUUACAUAAUGCGAUCUACAAAGUCAGCCACCUUCUGUGAUUUCAACAUGGUAAUGUCUUCUGGUAGUCACAACACUAGACAUCUAAAGGGACCAAGCUUAUAACUUAAAAGGAUGCAAUUGUUGGUAAAUGGUCCCCUAAAUAUAUAUAUAUAUAUAUCUCUAUCCAUCCUCCCGAUCAGCAAGCAAUCUCAAACCAGACGUGAUGUAGUCCCGUCCAAUCUUGCAAGAUAAUCGGAUAUAAAUGUACUGCAAGAAUACCCAAACACUAACUUAUGUCAGGGAAACCGUAUUCUGGUAGCCCAUCGUUGAUCAUGGGAAAAAAAAUAUAUUGCCUCUGCCAUUAUCUGGUGGCCUCAUAACUACCGGUAAUGUCUAUAUAAAACUAUGGUGACAGAGCCACCAUACUAUGAGCAGGGUAUUCUGUGGAUUAAUUCAUCCAGUACUGGUUUAAUGCAAAGUCUGUUUGCAGCUGUAGAGCCACUGAAGUCUAAUGCAAUUCAGUAUUUAGAAUGUCUGGCACAUCACUCCCUUUCUAGAAUAGCCAUAGUUAACUUCAUAUGUUCUCUCUGUCGAAGGCAAUACUUAUAGUGCUGUACGCGUGAAUCUGCUAUGCUUAAACAUUGCAUUACCUUAAGGCCUUUUAUUGUGCAAGCUUUUGUUCUGUUUGCUCCUAACGGUAUAACUUUAUUUUAUUUAUUUUUUCUCCAGGGGGAAUUGGAGAAGCGGUGUCUGCAGCUGUAGCAGGACAGCCGGGGUUCAUCGUUCAGAGCCUCGCGGUUAAUGGGGUACCUCGAAGUGGGAAGCCUACUGAGCUUUUGGACAUGUUUGGCAUCAGUGCUAAACACAUAGUCGCUGCUGUUAAAUCUACUUUUGCAAAUUAAACAAAUCUCCAUGACGGGUUGCUAAACUGUAACAGUUCCUGUAGCGUUGCAUUCAUUUAAUGGUUACUAUGCUACCUCAGUGUUCUCAAGCUUCUUGUAACCAGUUAACACUGUUUGCUGUAGCACAUCAUGGGUGUGCAUGUUCUAACUGUCUAGUUUAUCUCUGCACUUACUACAAUAAAGAACAUCAACCGUAACACUCUAAA